GACAUCAGUCAUUUUGUUACGUCAUCUGUCAAACAUCGCGGAAGCGCGAGCCAUUUGUGCUACGAAAAUAAAACAUUAUAAAUAUUUCAAAAAUCAUUUCAUAGCAGCAUAAAAUGUCGAACAUUAUCAAACGAGGGAUCAGUACAACAGCUACCGUAACAGGUAAGCACAACUUCCGGAAGUUCCUACUGUACAACAAACGGGGCCCGCGUAUUUUCAAGCAACUUCGAGCCGCUAAUCCGGACCAGUAUCCGGACAUGCCGAUCGAUAAACGAGGGGUGCGAGACACAGGAGUGACCCGUGAAGGAAAGUAUUAUGAAAUUGCGGAAAAAAUCCCCGAGUUGAUUGUGCCCAAUUUGGAAGGCUGCAAGUUUAAACCGUACGUUUCCUACCGGGCACCGAAUGUUAUCCAGUCGGAGUUCACGAGUCAAGACCUCUUCAAUGCCAUUUAUGCCCAGAAGGUAAUAGACGAUUUCAAAUCUGGCAAUUUAAACGAAGAUGGAACUUCGAAGGAACCAUCCGAGGCGGAACAACUGACCCCCGAUGAGGCCUGGGUAAAAGCGAGAAAGACGGGAUCAGAUAUAUUUUGAAGUGAAUUGUAAGAAGUAGUUUAGGAUAAGCUUAUUACAUGUUUAUUCAAAUUCAAGAA